GCUUUAAUCUGGAUCAUUUUGGUUUUCUCGCGAAAGCAGCCCGGGGGUUUGUUCAUUUUAGUUUAAACUGACUGCAAACUAGUUCGGAGUUUAUCUUUUAGCUUUAGUUAAACUCUAAACUAGCGUAGUCAAGCCUAUCACACAAUGCCAGGCAACAGACAAUAGAAAUGGGGAAUACAAUUUUUGACGCGUUGGAUUCGUCGGAAAUUUUCUUCCAACCAAUUCAACGCGUCAGAAAUUCUAUUCCCCGUCCCCGUUGCCAGGCAUUGUGUGAUAGGCCUCAGUUCAGCUAAAAAGAACAGACCCAAGGCUUUACAGGAACUCUAAAGUCACUAGAUAUAUCUAGUGACUUUACAGGAACUCUAGUCGAGCCCCUCGAUCGCAGCGCCCCCAAGCGGAGCGCGAGCGCGGAACGUAAUUUAGUGAUUCUCGUCGAAGGUUAGCCGAGCUUCUCAGAUGGCUUGAUAAUCAGUUUGUUAGCAGUCGUGGCGGUCGUUGGUUCGUUGGUCGAUGAAUCGUCCGUCAUGCCCGUCACCGUGCGAAUACAUUAACUUUGUCGUUGCGUACACGCGCGCACACUCGCGCACGCUCGCGCGCACGUCCGCGUCGCAGUGAGCGAGCGAGCCCGAGUUUCCUCCUCGACGCAUCCUGUGCCUGUCGCGUGCCGUCCGCCAGGGUAAGCGCCGUCGCGGGGAGUCGUGCGAUACGGUAAAAUGCUGGCCAACCGAGAUCAUUCACCGACAAUCAGAUGAAGAUGGAAGAUGACGCUGAUCUCAGGGAACAAUUGUUUCACAACACCGUGCGCGAGAACAUAAUAUACCUGCUGCUUUUCCUGCUGCUAUACAUCUCGAGCUACGCGCUGAUAGCGCGUUUUAGGCGCCGGGAUCGCGAGGAUUACUUGUCAGUGGACGAGGAUGAGGCCACCGUGUACAGGAUCAGCCUCUGGCUGUGUACGGUCGCCCUGGCGAUUUCCGUCGGCGCGACCCUCCUACUUCCGGUGUCUAUCGUCAGUAAUGAGGUCCUCAUCCUGUAUCCAAACAGCUACUACGUCAAGUGGCUCAACAGCUCCCUUAUCCAAGGUCUAUGGAACCACGUGUUCCUAUUUUCGAACUUGUCGCUCUUCGUGUUUCUGCCUUUCGCCUAUCUCUUCACGGAAUCGGAAGGUUUCGAGGGCCAUAAAAAGGGCGUGAUGGCGCGGGUCUACGAGACAGUGACGGUUCUCUGUCUCUUGGGCACUCUCGUACUGGGAAUGACCUAUGUCCUGUCGGCCCUGUUGGAUUAUCAAAACUCAAGUUUGCACACGUUGCUCAAUUUAUGGAGUUAUUAUCUGCCUUUCCUGUACUCAUGCGUCUCGUUUGUCGGCGUAGUAAUGCUAUUGCUAUGCACUCCAGUGGGAUUCGUACGACUGUUUGACGUGGUGGGGUCGUUUCUUGUUAAACCCCAAUUUUUGAAGAACUUGGACGAAGAGUUCUUCGCGUAUAGAUUAGAGGAAGAUUGUAUCCGUAGGAGAUUGCAGCACGUAAAAGCUACGGGCAAGUCGUACGUGUCGCCGGUGCCGAUGUCGCCAGCGAUGAGCUGCGGCUGGUCGCACGAGGACGACGAGCCGCUGCUGUGUAUAAGUCCAGGUUUGCUGUGUCUGAGGAACGGCGCUCUGCAGAAGGGACUUUCUCAACGGCUGAACGACGUUCAGAGGCGGCGACAGCUGCUGGACCAACAGCGGAGGACCUGGUGGGUCCGGCGCACGUUACUUUACCCGGUAGCGAUGCUGGCGCUGCUCGUUCUGUCAACCGCCACGGCCCUAUUAGCGGUGCAAAACACUAUAGAAUUGCUAAUAGGCAUCAAGGCGUUGCCGUUAAGCACCAGACAAUUUACGCUCGGCAUCAGCUCCCUGUCUAAGCUUGGGCCCGUCGGUGCAGCAAUCGAGGUAGCGGUAAUUCUUUACCUGGCCGUAACUAGUGCAAUCGGCCUGUACGCUUUGCCGGGCGUGAGAAUCGUCCAACCAAGGUUUCGUUCCACGCCGCUCACUCAUCUCAUCGCAAAUUGCGCUCUUUUGCUCGUGCUAAGUUCAGCAUUACCACUAUUAUCGCGAGUUUUAGGAAUGACAAACUUUGAUCUUCUGGGUGACUUUGGACGCAUUGAAUGGCUUGGUAACUUCAAGCUCGUGCUUCUCUACAAUAUAAUCUUUGCGGCGGCAGCGAUCAGCUGCCUGACCACCAAGUUCACGGCGACCGUGCGUAAGGAGAUUUAUGCCCGUCUGAGGAGCAGCCUGCUCGGCAUCUUUAGAACUACUAGCGUCACCGCCGAUGCGAAGAAAUAUUCGUCACCAGGGAUGUUUUCUACAAAGGAAGAUUAGACUGAUUUGUUAUAUUAUUAUAUAAUUAAGGUAAGCAGAGAGAGAGAGAGAGAGAGAGAGAGAGAGAGGAGGG